UUACCUUCUCACCUUUGUUCUAAAGUAGUUGGUACCAUUUGGUCCCAGCCUGUUUUAAAAAACGAUUCUGCUUUCCUUCAGGGUUGCGGCCUCCUCCAGGAAGUUCUCCCUGACUUCCUCCUGUCUUUCCACCUCCUACAUUCCAUCUCUGUUCCCUGCCAUCCUCUAGUUUUCCUAGUUUGGAGAAUGUCUCCCCACCACCCUGAUUCAGAUUCAGAUGCUGUCCUAAGAGCUGGAUAACAGCCUUAUAGAAACAGUCUUCUAGAAAUGCUAGGAGGCAAAUGAGUGGGAUCCGAGUGGCUUCUCUGAGUUGGCUGUCACUUGUUGUUGGACAGCCCAGCUCAGGAAGGAAGUGGAGUAAAAGGCCAGGCGAUUGCCAAAUCUGGCAUCAGCAGGCCGAGGAAUCUGCUGGAUCAACAACUUCAGAAGGGGAACUCACAGGGAAGGGAAGUAGACAAUUGGCUUGAUCCAGUGAGGCUGAAAUGUACAAAGUAUGAAUCUAGGAAAAUUGGAAACCUUCAAAAAUAAAACGAAAUGCAUAAAAAUCGUACCCUAGACAUUAGUGAGCUGAAAUGGACUGUUAUUAGUCUUUUUGAAUCAGACAAUCAUAUGGUCUAUCAUGCUGGUAACAAUUUGAAGAGGAAUGACGUUGCAUUCAUUGUCAAAAAGAAGGUUUCAAAAUCUAUCCUUAAGUACAAGGCUGUCAGUGAUAGGAUAAUGUCCAUACGCCUACAAGGAAGACCAGUUAAUACAACUAUUAUUCAGAUUUAUGCACCAACCACUAAGGCCAAAGAACAAGAAAUUGAAGAUAUUUACCAACUUCUGCAGUCUGAAAUUGAUCAAACAUGCAACCAAGAUGCAUUGAUAAUUACUGGUGAUUGGAAUGCAAAAGUUGGAAACAAGAAGGAUCAGUAGUUAGAAAAUAUGGCUUUAGUGAUAGAAACAAUGCUGGAGAUCGCAUGAUAGAAUUUUGCAAGACCAACGAUUUCUUCACUGCAAAUACCAACAUAAACGGCAGCUAUACACAUGGACCUCGCCAGAUGGAAUACGCAGGAAUCAAAUUGACUACGUCUGUGGAAAAAGAUGAUAGAAAUAUCAUCAGUCAGAACAAGGUCAGGGGCCCAACUUUGGACCAGACCAUCAAUUACUCAUAUGCAAGUUCAAGUUGAAACUGAAGAAAAUUAGAACAAAUCCACGAGAGCCAAAAUACAACCUUGAGUAUAUCCCACCUGAAUUUAAGGACCAUCUCAAGAAUAGAUUUGAAGCAUUGAACACUAAUGCCCAAAGACCAGAGAGUUGUGAAAUGACAUUAAGGACAUCAUACAUGAAGAAAGCAAGAGGUCUUUAAAAAGGCAGGAGAGAAAGAAAAGACCAAAAUGGAUGUCAGAAGAGACUUUGAAACUUGCUCUUGAACGUCAAGUAGCUAAAGCAAAACGAAGAAAUGAUGAAGUAAAAGAACUGAAGAUUUCAAUGGGUGGCUGGAAAAGACAAAGUAAAGUAUUAUGAUGACAUGCGCAAAGACCUGGAGAUGGAAAACUGAAAGGGAAGAGCACAUUCAGCAUAUUUCAAGCUGAAAGGACUGAAGAAAAAAUUCAAGCCUGGAGUUGCAAUAUUGAAGUAUUCUAUGGGGAAAAUAUUAAAAGAUGCAGAAAGCAUCAAAAGAAGAUGGGAGGAAUACACAGAGUCGUUAUACUAAAAAGAAUUGGUCGACGUUCAACCAUUUCAGGAGGUAACAUAUGAUCAGGAACCUACGGUACUGAAGGAAGGAGUCCAAGCUGCACUGAAGGCAGUGGGGAAAAACAAGGCUCCAGGAAUUGACGGAAUACCAAUUCAGAUGUUUCAAUAGAUGGAUGCAGCACUGGAAGUGCUCACUCAUCUAUACCAAGAAAUUUGGAAGAAAGCAGCCUGGCCAGUCGUCUGGAAGAGAUCCAUAUUUAUACCUAUUCCCAAGAAAGGUGAUCCAACUGAAUGAGGAAAUUAUCGAACAAUAUCAAUAUCACAUGCAAGCAAAAUUUUGCUGAAGAUCAUUCAAAAGCGGCUGCAGCAGUAUAUCAACAGGGAACUGCCAGAAAUCCAACUGAGAUUCAGAAGAGGACAUGGAACCAGCGAUAUCAUUGCUGAUGUCGGAUGGAUCCUGGCUGAAAGCAGAGGAUAUCAGAAAGAUGUUUACCUGUGAUUUAUUGACUAUGCUAAGGCAUUUGACUGUGUGGGUCAUAACAAAUUAUGGAUAACAUUUCGGAGAAUAGGAAUUCCGGAACACUUAAUUGUGCUCAUGAGGACUCUGUGCAUGGAUCAAGAGACAGUCAUUAGAGCAGAACAAGGGGAUACUGAUUGGUUUAAAGUCAGGAAAGGUAUGCAUCAGGGUUGUAUCCUUUCACAAUACCUAUUCAAUUUGUAUACUGAGCACAUAAUCCAAGAACCUGGACUAUAUGAAGAAGAACGGGGCAUCAGGAUUGAAGGAGGACUCAUUAACAACCUGUGUUAUGCAGAUGACACAACCUUGUUUGCUGAAAGUGAAGAGGACUUGAAGCACUUACUAAUGAAGAUCAAAGACCAGAGCCUUCAGUGUGGAUUUCACCUCAACGUAAAGAAAACAAAAAUCUUCACAACUGGACCAAUAAGCAACAUCAUGAUGAAUGGAGAAAAGAUUGAGGUUGUCAGAAAUUUCACUUGUCAAAGAUUUACUUGGAUCCACAAUCAACACCCAUGGAAGCAGCAGUCAAGAAAUCAAAAGACACAUUGCAUCGGGCUAAUCAGCUGCAAGAAAUCCCUUUAAAGUAUUAAAAAGCAAAGAUGUCACCUUGAGGUCUAAGGUGUACCUGACCCAAGCCAUAGUGUUUUCAGUCACCUUAUAUGCAUGCGAAAGUUGGACAAUGAAUAAGGAAGACCAAAGAAGAAUUGAAUCCUUUGAAUUGUGGUCUUGGAAGAAGUCCAAACAGAAUGCUCCUUGGGAGGAAGGAUGGUGAGACUGCGUCUUACAUACUUUGGACAUGUUAUCAUGAGGGAUCAGUCCCUGGAGAAGGACAUCAUGCUUGGUAAAGUAGAGGGUCUGGAAGAGAGAGGAUCCUCAACAAGAUGGAUUGACACACUGGACUCAAGCAUAGCAACAACUGAGAGGAUGGAGCAGGACGGGGCAGUGUUUCGUUCUGUUGUGCGUGGGGUGGCAGUGAGUUGGAACUGACUUGACCGCACCGAACAACAACAACAACAGUGGGGCUGGGUUCCCCUCUCCCCCAGAUCUUUGCAUCCCUCGGGCCUAACCCACUCACCCACCCUCACAUCAGUUCCCCAAGGCUGGGGCCAGAGCUUCCUUCUGGGCAUCACCUCCUAGCACCCAUGGUGCAGGGCUGGGAGCCCCUGGGUGGUGAGUUCAGCUGCUGAUGCUAGACUGUUCAUUCCUCUGUGCUGUGUGACUGUUAUGGAUUGAAUAGUGUCCCCAAAAACAUGUGUUAUAAAUUCUAAUCCCUAUACCUCUGGAUAGGAGCCCUGGCGGCUUAAUAGUUAAGUGUUUGGCUGCUAACCUGCUAAUGGAAACGUGAAUGGUUCAAUCCCACAAGCCAUUCCUGGGAGAAAAGACCUGGUGAUCUGCUCUCUUGGCCAUCGAAUCGAUUCUGACUCAUAGUGACCCUAUGGGACAGAGAAGAAAUGCCCAUAGGGCUCCUGAGGCCAUAAUCUUUAAGGGAGAAGACUGGCACAUUUUUCUCCGUGGGGUGGCUGGUGGGUUUGAGCUGUGUUUACACAGCGUUGUGUAACGAUCACCACUCUAGUUCCCAAAUAUUUGCAUCACCCGAAAGCGAACCCUGUACCCAUGAAGCAGCCACUCCCUAUUUUCCCCUUCCCUCUGCCCUGCUGUUGUUGUUGUUGGGUGCCACGGAGUUGAUUCCGACUCACAGCGACCUUACUCUGUUUUCUGUCUCUAUGAAUCUGCCAAAAUUCAACCUAUUUUGACCUAUAAGAAUGGCAAUUUCAUAUGGAUCGACUUAAUAAGCUUUUGGCAUGUUAUUCGAAGUCUCUCUCCGGGAGGAAAUGGCCAGUGUGUCAGGGUGAAGGGGGAAGAGCAGGAGCUCAGGGCUUCACAGGGGUGGCUGCAAAAGAGACUCCACCCUCCGAAGGUGGCCCUUGUCUUUUUAUAACAGUUGUGUCCCCUCCCCCAGCCACAGGCAUCUGAGGCCCACAGAGACUCUGUCCUCGACCUCCAGCACCCUCCAGGUCCCCAGGUAAGACCCCUCCCUGGCCAGGUCCAGGGACACCAGAAAGCCUUUCACUCUCAGAAUCCAGAAACUUAGUGAUGAGGAAUUUAUUAAGAUCAAAUCCUCUGAGAAGCAGGUGCCUAUAAAGUCUUCAGAGCACAGAAAAUUUGAGUUGAGAAACUUUGAUCUAGAUAAAAGAAAGAAACAGCAAAAAAGAACAUCUCGUUGCCUUGGAAUCGAUUCAGACUCAUGGUGACCCCACGUGUUUCAGAGUAGAACUGUACUCCACAGGGUUUUCAGUGGUUGUAAUCUGACAGAGGAGUCCCUUCGUGGUGCAAAUGAUUGCCACCUGAGUACUGACUGAAAGGGUGGCGGUUGAAAACCACCUGGAGGUACCUUGGAAGACAAGCCUGAGGACCUGCUCCCAAAAUGUCACAGCCUUGAAAACCGUAUGGAGCAGUUCUACUCUGCACACAUGGGGUGGAUUAGAACCGCCAACCUUUUGGUUAGUACCCAUAAAAAAACCUGUUGCCAUAGAGUCGAUUCUGACUUCUAGCCACCUACCAGACAGAGUAGAACUGCCCCACAGGAUUUCCAAGGAGCAGCUGGUGGAUCUGAACUGGUGACCUUUCAGUUAGCAGCUGAACCCUUUAGCCAUUGUACCACCAGGGCUCCUUUUGGUGAAUAGUUGAGUGCAAACCAUUUUUGCUGCCCAGAGACCCAGCAAACUACAGUCUGUGGGCCAAAUCUAGCCUACCACCUGUUUUUAUAAAUAAAGUUUUAUUUACAAUAUUUAUUAUAGAUAUUUAUUGCUUUCCCCACCCUCGGCUUCUUCCAUGUCUCUUUUUCUGCUGACCAGGGUGGGUUUCCCCAGAGGCCGGUGGGUGGCAGGAGGUGGGAGAUGUUCGUUCUCCUGGGGUCUGAGUUCAGGCUCAUCCAAGACAGGGUCACCCAGAGAGCAGACUGGAAAUGCCCUGGUCACACAAUGAGCCCCAGUCUCAUGACUCUGAAAUGAUUUCCUCUAACAACAUAGUUUAAACCCUGGUGGCGUAGUGGUUAACAGCUAUGGCUACCAACCAAAAGGCUGGCCGUUCGAAUCUACCAGGCGCUCCUUGGAAACCCUGUGGGGCAGCUCUACAUUGUCCUAUAGGGUCGCUAUGAGUCGGAGUUGACUCGACAGCAACGGGUUUGGUUUUUUUUGUUUAUUAGCUAAACAGAAUCCCUGGCAACGGAGUGGUUAAGUGCUCCACUGCUAACUGAAACAUUGAUGGUUCAAACCCACCAGCUGCUCCUCAGGAGAAAGAUGUGGUUGGAGCCAGAAUGAACUUGAUGGCAUUGGGGCUUUUUGUUUUGUUUUGUCUGGUAUUCUCUAAACAACCACAAAACACGCACAGAGGGGAGGACAAACAUCAAGAACUGCUGAGUAAAUGGCUCCGAAAAUAGAGUUGGAGGCAUUUCCUGUUGCUGAGCUUGCAUUGUGUGUGUGUGUGUGUGUUUUAAAAACUUAUAUUCUUGUAGCUUCACAAACAUGUAGACACAUACGCUAUGUGCCAGGCACCGUUCUUUGUGUUUGAAAUAUGUUCACUUAUCCUCAUAGUAAUAUUUCACAGAUGAGGAAGCUGAGACUCAGAGGGACCACCACCCCAACUAGUUGUCUUAGUUCGCUCUUGCCUCUGUAACAGAAAUACCACAAGUGGGUGGCUUUAAAGGGCAGAAAUUCAUGUUUUCACAGUACUAGAGGCUAAAAGUUCAAGUCAGGGUCUCGGCCUCCCUGCAGAUUCUUUCUUUGUUGGUAGCCCUGGGCGUGUUCCUUGAUCUCUUGGUGAUUCUCACACGUAUCUGUCUUCCCCGUGUGUGAGUCUCUGUGUCUAAUCUGCUCAUGUUAUAAAUUAGAGGGGUUAGAUUUAGAACUCACCCUACUCUGGCAUGAUUUAAUUAACAUAACAAAACCCCAAAACCUACCCUGUUACCUGCCAGUCACUUCUUACUCCUGUGUAACAAAGCAGAACUGUGCUUCAUAGGGGCUUUUUGGCUGUGAUUUUUAUACAAGCAGACUGCCAGUCCUUUCUUCUGCAGCGCCACCAGGUGGGUUCGAACUCAAAACCAAAAGCCCAUUGUUGUUGAGUCAAUUCUGACUUAAAUUAAAAUUAGUAGUUGAUUGCAAACAGCUUGCACCACCCAGGAUCUUAAUUAACACAGCAAAGAAAACCCUAUCUCCAAACAGGAUCACAUCCACAGGUAUAUCCACUCCCAUUGCCAUCGAGUCAAAUUCUAACUCAUAGCGACCCUAUAGGACAGAGUAGAACUGCCCCACAUGAUUUCCAAGGCUGUAAAUCUUUACAGAAGCAGACUACCACAUCUCUCUCCUCCAGAGCCACUGGGGGAUUCGAACCGCUGACUUUUGGUUAGCAGCCAAGUGCUUAACCAAUGCACCACCAGGGCUCCUUCCACAGGUAUAAAAACCAAAACCAAAACCAAACCCGUUGCCGUCGAGUCGAUUUUGACUCACAGUGACCCUGUAGGACAAAGCAGAACUGCCCCAUACGGUUUCCAAGGAGGGCCUGGUGGAUUCGAGCUGCCGACCUUUUGGUUGGCAGCCAUAGGUGGCUCUUAGCCACUAUGCCAACAGGGUUUCCUACUCAGGUAUAGGAGCUAGAAUUCAAGCUCCUUUUUGGGUGAGGGGCACAAUUCAUUCCACAACACAAAUCAGUCGUGGAUCUGGCAUGAGAAUCUCAACAUUCAGGCUUCCAAGUCCAUGUUCUUAGCCGCUAUGCUAUGUUGGAAUGAAGAUUUAGCCGCCAUGCUAUGUGGGGAAUGAGGGCUUAGCCUCCAUGCUAUGUGAGGAAUGAGGGUUUAGCCGCUAUGCUGUGUUGGGAAUGAGGGUUUAGCCUCCAUGCUAUGUGGGGAAUGAGGGUUUAGCCGCCAUGCUACGUUGGAAUGAAGAUUUAGCCGCCAUGCUAUGUGGGGAAUGAGGGUUUAGCCGCCAUGCUGUGUUGGGAAUGAGGGUUUAGCCGCCAUGCUGUGUUGGGAAUGAGGGUUUAGCCGCCAUGCUGUGUUGGGAAUGAGGGUUUAGCCGCCAUGCUGUGUUGGGAAUGAGGGUUUAGCCGCCAUGCUGUGUUGGGAAUGAGGGUUUAGCCGCCAUGCUGUGUUGGGAAUGAGGGUUUAGCCGCUAUGCUGUGUUGGGAAUGAGGGUUAAGAACCACUGUUGCCAACACAAAGUCCCCAGGUGGCACAAACAGAUUUUGCUCAGCUGCUAAUCUAAAGGUUGACAGUUCAAACCCACCCAGUGGCAGCUAGGAAGAAAGGCCUGGCAAUCUUCUUCCGUAAAGAUUAAAGCCAAGAAAAUCCUAUAAAGCAGUUCUACUCUAACACAUGGGGUCCUCAUGAGUCAGAAUUGACUCCAUGGCAACAGGUUUGUUUUUGUCUUUAAAUUGCUCACACCUUCCCAUUUUACACAUGGAUAAGAGAGGACCAGAAAAGGGACACAGUUUGUUUGUGUUUUGUCUACUUCUGAGGCUUCAGGCCCUGAGUUCGGCUGCCUUGGCCUUUUUUGUGAGGGACGUGACCCUAAGUUGGAACCCUGGUCGUGCAGUGGUUAAGAACUCAGCUGCUAACCAAAAGGUCGGCAGUUUGAAUCCACCAGCUGCUCCUUGGAAGCCCCCUGUCCUACAGGGUCUUGAGGAGUUAGAAUCCACUUAAUCGCAAUGGGUUUGGUAUGACCCUAAGUUGGCUUCCUCGGAACAUUCCAGAAGGGAGGAAUAGUUAUCUGUUCUUAAGGCUCCUUUAAAAGCAGAAAGGAGGCUAGGCUGAUCCUGGGAGGGGGGUAACUGGUGGAAGACUGUAUGGUCAGAAGCCCUCAGAGGGCCCCGUGGGAAUUCCAAGUCCCUGCCAAGCCACCCAGGGCUCAAAGGUCAAAUUACAUGCAGGCCUGGCUUCCAGGAAGCUGGCGACAGAGAUUGGGGCUGCGGCCUCAGGGUCAGCUCUCCACCCAGCCUCACCUAAACCAAACCAAACCAAACCCAUUGCCAUCCAGCUCAUUCUGACUCAUAGUGACACUAAAGGACACAGUAGUACUGUCCCACAGGGUUUCCAAGCCUGUAAUCUUUACAGAAGCAGACUGCCACAUCUGCCUCCCUUGGGGUGGCUGGUGGGUUUGAACUGCUGACCUUUCAGUUAGCAGCCAAACACCUAACCACUGUACCUCCAGGGCUCCUUCCGGCCUUGCCUGCUGCCCAGUAAUUUGGGGACGAAUGAGUCAUGAGAAGAACACACAGGACAAACACGCCCAGAUUGAAAAAGGCCACUUCUGUUUUUCCCUGGCUAGGAAGGUUUGUCUAGGAUCCGUGAGGGGGCAAUGUGUGGUAGCGUCUGAUAAGGGAAACGGGGAGGACGGUCAGAAACCUAUCUGCAGCCAGGCGCAGGGAAGAGGCCCCAGACCUCCGGGAUCCGGCUGUGGGCCCCAGUGUGCUCCAAAGAGGAGUUUGGACAAAUUGGGGAGCCUCCUGCAAGAGACGGUGUCCAGCACGUGGAUGGAGAACACGUCUCUCAGCUACGACUAUGAGAACUACAGUGAGAUUCCUGAUCUCCCUGUGGACUGCCUAGAUGACUUUUGCCUUACCUCUGACUUCCUCCGCACGGCGCCGCUCCUGCUGUAUGCUGUGGUCUUCCUCGUGGGCGUACCAGGCAAUGCCAUGGUGGCCUGGGUGACAGGGAAGGAGGCCCAUCAGCGAAUUGGGGCCACCUGGUUCCUCCACCUGGCCGUGGCCGAUUUGCUCUGCUGUUUGUUUCUCCCCAUUCUGGCGGUGCCCAUUGCCCUCGAAGGCCAUUGGCCAUACGGGGCAGUGAGCUGUCGCGUUCUGCCCUCUGUCAUCUUGCUAUCCAUGUACUCCAGCGUUCUGCUCCUGGCUGCCCUCAGUGCUGACCUCUGUCUGCUGGCCUUCAGGCCUGCCUGGGGGGCUGCCACUAGGCGGCCACUCAGGGUGUGGGCAGCUUGUGCGGCAGCCUGGGCCCUGGCCUUACUGUUGACUGUACCUUCUGCCAUCUACCGCCAGCUGUAUGAGGAACACUUUCCACCCCGGCUGGAGUGCGUGGUGGACUACGGUGGCUCAGCCACAGCCGAAGGCAUGGUGACUGCUGUCCGAUUUAUUGCUGGCUUCUUAGGGCCACUGCUGGUCGUGGCCGGCUGCCAUGGUGCCGUCAUGUGCAAUGUGGCCCGAUGCCGCUGGCCACUGGGCACCGCCAUUGUGGUGGGGUUUUUUGUCUGUUGGACCCCCUACCAUGUGCUGGGGCUAGUCCUUGCUGUUGCCGCCCCCCAUUCCACGCUCCUGGCCAGAGCUCAGAGGGGUGAGGCCCUGGUCAUAGGCCUUGCCCUUGCUCACAGCUGCCUCAAUCCCACACUCUUCCUGUAUUUUGGGCGGGCACGACUCCGCCAGUCACUGCCAGCAGCAUGUCGCUGGGCCUUGAGGGAGUCCCAGAGCAAGGAUGAAAGCGUGGUCAGCAAGAAAUCCACCAGCUAUGGCCCGGUCUCAGAGAUAGAAGUGUAGGUUAGAGGGAAACUGGUUUGUAUCAUUUGAUCCCAUUUCACAAAACUGGCUUCAGGCAUAGCUGGAUCCAGGGGCUCAACAAUGUCUUCAUUUGUUCCUUCCUUUAUUCAACAAUCAUUCACUGUGCAUCUGCUAUGUGGAAAGCCCUGUCUAGGCACUGGGGAUACAGUAUAGUGAACAAAACGAACACAAAUCCCUGCCCUCAUGGAGCUGAUAUUCUAGUGGAUAGUGACAGAUAGUAAUCAAACAAAGGCAUGCAGAAUACGUCAGGUGGUGAUAAGUGCUAAGAACCCUAAAGGAGUGUGAGGGUGGGUUGGGGCAGGGAUAUAGCCCAGCCAAGCAAGGCCCCUUGGGGAAGAUGAUAUUUGAGCCAAGACCUGAUAAAGGGAAAGGAGGGAGGAACCAUGGUGAAAUCUGGGGGAAAAGUUCUCCAAGUAGAGGGAAGAGCAAGUGCAAAGAUCCUGAGGCACAAUGCGCUUGGCUUCUUUCAGGAGCAGUGGGGAGGCCAGUGUAGACAGCCUAGGAUGACCAAGGGGAAGAAUGCUAUGAGAUGAGAGCAGAGAUAUAGAAAGGGCUAGAUUUUUACAGCCUUCUAGGUCAUAGCAAGUGUUUUGGGGAACACUGGGAGGGUUCUGAGCUGAGAUUGCUAGAUAAAAUACAGGACGCCCAGUUAGAUUUGAAUUUCAGAUAAACAAUGAAUACUUUUAAAGUAUAAAUAUGUCCCAUGAGAUAUUUGGGACCAUUUGUUGUUGGUAGCCACCAUAGAUUUGGCCCCUGACUCAUGGUGACCCAUACACAUGGAACGAAAUGCUUCCCAGUCCUGCAUCAUCCCCACAAUCAGUUGUGGAUCAGACCAUUGUGAUUCAUAGGGUUUUCAUUGGCUGAUUUUUGGAAGUAAAUGGCCAGGUCUUUCUUCCCAGUCUGUUUCAGUCAGGAAGCCCCACUGAAACCUGUUCAGCGUCAUAGCAACACACAUGCCUCCACUGACAGACGGGUGGUGGCUAUGCGUGAGGUGCGUUGGCUGGCAUGGAAGUUCUAUCUUGUUUAACUACAAUUCAAAUUUAACUGGGUAUUCUGUCAUCUUUUUCCCCCCUUAAAUUUGGCAACCCUAUUCUGAGGAGUGGUUUUAAUAGGCUCCCUCUGGUUGCUGGUGAAGACUAGACUGUGGGGAGAUGGAAGGUGCAAGUGUGGAAGUGAGGUGCCAGAUGAAGAGGCUACUGCAAUGGUCCGAGCAAGAGGUGAUGAUGACUUGGACCAGGGCAAUAGCAGCAGAGGCUAUAAGAAGUUGGCAGAUUGAGCAUCUUUUCUUUUUGAGCAUUUAAACUUUUGUUACACAUAGAAUAUUAAAAUAAUAAAGGCCAUCUAAUAAGGAAGUAAUCCUCAAAACUUCCUUCUCCAAAUCUAAAUUCUGAUCGUAUAUUUCUAUUUUCCAUAUAUUAUAUUCAGUUGAUAAAACAUAAUUAUAUUUCAAGCAUCUGUUUUGAAGGAGGAGCCCCUGGCUGGUGCAAAUGGUUAAGCAAUUGGCCACCAAUCGAAAAGUUGGCAAUUUGGACCCACACGCAGGGCAUCAGAAGAAAGGCCUGGCAAUCUGCUUCUGAAAGGUCACAGCCUUGAAAACCCUAGAGAGCACAGUCCUAUUCUGACACACAUGGGGUCUCUGUGAAUCAGGAUCGACUCAAUGGUAACUGGUUUUAUUUGGAAGGAAAGGCCAUAUCCAAGCUCCUUAGCUUGAUAUUUAAGUUUUCUCUCCACCACAGGGCAUACGUAUGCUCUAGCUGCUAAAACCUGCAGUAGGUUGGAUAAUGGCCCCCAAAGAUCCACAUACUAAACCCCCAAACCUGUGAAUAUGUUACAUGGCAAAAGGGACUUUGCAGAUGUGAUUGAAUUAAGGAUUUUGAGAUGGGGAGAUUAUCCUGGAUUAUCCAGGUGGGCCCAAUGUCAUCACAAGGGUCUUUACAAGAAGGAGGCAGAAGAGUAAGAGUCAGUAGUAGAAGAUGUAAUGACAGAAGCAGAGAUUGAGGUAAUGUGAAGAAGAGGCCAUGAGCCAAGGAAUGCAGGCAGCCUCUGGAAGCUGAAAAAGGCAAGGAAACAGGUUCUCCCUGAAGCCUCCAGAAUGCUUGACUUUAGACUUCUGACCUCCAGAACUCCAAGAGAAUGAAUUUGUGUCGUCUUCAGUCACUAAGUUUGUGGUAAUUUGUUACGGGAGCAGCGGGAAACUAAUACACACCCUCUGGAUGCCACCCCUAUUUUCAUGCCUCUGGGCCUUUUCUCAACCUGGUGCCACUGCCCGGAACAUCCGUUUUCUCAUCUAUGCUGUCCAAUCUGGUGAUCACGGAACAGUUUUCACUCAACUAUUAACCAAAAGGUUGGCAGUUCGAACCCACCCAGUGAUGGUGAAAAAGGCCUGCCAAUCUGCUUCCACAAAGAUAACAGCCAAAAAAUCCUAUGGAGCACAGUUCUACUCUGUAACACAUGGGGUUGUCAUGAGUCAAAACUGACUCCAUGACAAUGGGUUAUUAUUAUUUUGGUCUUUAGCUGUCUGUGCCUAUUCAAAUUUAAAUUAAUUCCAGUGAAUUACAAUAAAUUAAUUCCUCAGUUGCACUGGCCACUUUUUAAGGGCUCAAUAGCCACAUGUGCCUGGUGGCUACCAAAUUGGACAACACAGAAUCGUAGAACGUUUCCAUCAUCACAGAAAAUUCCAUUAGAUAGCGCUGCACUUGAAUCUGCCCCAUUUUUACCUACCCAGGUCUUUUAAGUCACAGAGUAGUGGCACCUGUGUAUGGAGGCUGGGAUCUCUAGAGGAGCAAACCAGUGAAGCGUGUAUGUCAAUAUAUGGAGAGAGAUUUAUUUCAGGGAAAUGGCUCACGCAAUUGUGGAAGCUGGCACAAAUCCAUGGGUCAGGCGGCAGGCUGGAGGCUUCUCCUGACUCAUAUGGUUGCAGGGGCUGCAAUUAAAAAUCUGCAGGUCAGGCAGCAGGCCGGAGGAUUCUCAUGUCCCAAGAACUGGAGGUCAGAGGAUAAUGAGACAGAUGUAGAAUUAAAGAGAGUGUGCUUUGCAGAACAUCCAUUUAUAGCAUGAACACAGGCCACACCCCCAAGGAAACUCCUCUUCCAACUGAUUGGCUGCUCACAUCAGGUCACAAAAUGGGAGGAUACAUAGUGUCUGCCAAAGCACUGAGAAUUAUAGCCAAGUCGAGUUGACAGGUAACAUUAACCACCCCAGGGUCAUUACUCCAGGACAACAUUUUUUAUAUAGUUUCACCUUUAAAGUAAUCCAGGAAAGCAGGGGUGAGGUGCUUCAUUUUACAAGCUGCAGUUUAGAGAAUAGCCAAAACCUGUUGCUGUUGACUCAAUUCAGACUCAUAGUGACCCUAUAGGUCAGGAUAGAACUGCCCCAUAGAGUUUUCAAGAAGCGCCUGGUGGGUUUGAACUGGCAACCUUUUGGUUAGCAGCCACGGCACUUAACCACUACACCACCAGGGUUUAGAGAGGGGAAGUCAUUUGCCCAAAAUUAUGCAGUGAAGAAAUUGUAGAGCUGGGAUUCGAUUCCAGGUUUGCUUGGCUCCAAUGUCCAUGCUCUUAUGCUCUUAACCACAAAAAUUUGCCUUGAAAGCCUCAGGCAGGUGACAUCUCCUUUAGAGAACCCUCCCUGAUUCAUUCAUUCACCUCCCAGGGAAGAAAUGUUCUUUCCUUCUCUAAGUUUUUGGAACACAAAUUCCCAGCAAGACAGUAAAUUCCCUGAGGGCAACAACUGGGCCGCUUUCAUUUCUGUCUCUCCUCCACCCUUUCAGUGGACUCCAGGACUUGGAAAGAAUCAAAAUAUCUUUAUUUGUCUAUACCUUGUUUUCUUCCAACUAGGCUGUGAGCUUACAGAUGGCGGGAACCUCUUACUUGCUAUCUCUUUUUGCUUUACUUGACACAGGGACACACGGCAAGCUCUCAACAAUACAAAUUUUACUCCUUGGUAUUUUAUUCAGAAUUCUCAUGCAUGAAGUAUUCGGACCUAGACUGCCUUGUAGAAUGAAUUAUGUAUGCUCUGGGACAAUUUACACAGCUUCUUGAAAAGUUGGAAAAAUCCUCUCGUUAAUCCUUUGGAACCAGGUGCCAUUAUGAAAAGUUAUUCUUUGAUGAUGUAAACUGUAUCUUUUUUUUGUAUUUUGUACUUUUUAAAUUUGGUUUCCUCUUUUAUUGCAGUAGCCUUAGUUUUUGUUAAGAGGAAUCAAUUUCAUGGAAGUUUUCAAGUGUAUGUAUGUGCAAUUUUAUGUAGAAUUCCCUUGAUAAUUAAAAGAAAAAAUCUUGA